AUGGCAUCUAGCCAAGAGAAGGAUAUGGCAAGGGAGGACGGGCCCACUGCACCUAAUGAGGUGGUGAACAAUGCUACUGACAUUGACCUCAAUCAAGAUGAGGCAAUGGAUGACAUUGAGCUGGAUGAUAUCGAGGACUUGGACCUGGACCUUGGAGAUGAGCAUCACCAUGGUGAAGCUGAGAACCAUGAUGAAGCAGAGAACCAUGGUGAAGCUGAGAACCAUGGUGAAGCUGAGAACCAUGGUGAAGCUGACAACCUUCGGGAAGAGGAUAACACCGGUGGAAAGGAGGCCACUGGUGAUGAAAAUGACUUCACUGAGGGUGAAGGCAUGACUUAUCCUAUUUCCGAGGAGAUUGUCCAACUCCAGGCUAAGGUGGCAACUCAGAAUAUCACCAUCAUGCAGCAGCAGACGUCCAUUGAUGGACUCAAGAAGCACACUCGGAACAUCGAGGCUAGGCUGAGCAUUACCAUGAAGGAGGUUACUGAGUUCCGUGGCAGCCUGGGCACUAAGAACCGUGAAAUUGAGUGGCUUCAGAAGACUUGCAAUAGUCUGCAAGUAUCAUUCAACAAGCUCAAUGAGCAGGUGACCAAACUUAGGAGGGAGGGUAUCUACGAACCUCCUCCUGGGCGUAGGCCUGCUCCUGCUGCUCAGUCGGCACCCGCUCCGCCCGCACCCCCAGCGGGAGGCGCUGCGACGGCUAUGCAUCAGCCACCUCCAACUGAGACCUCGCCCUUUGGGUCUCUCUCGGCGCCUCUGCCUGAGUUUAACCAUCGCAAGACGGAGGUGCAGCCUUGGCUUGAUCUGGUGAAUGAAACCAUGAUCCUUGCGAAUGUGCGUCCUGAGGCUCGCGUUACUGCAGCCACUCGUGCAUUGGACGAGGUGGCCCGCAGGGCAGUGUAUGACGCCAAGAAGCAGGCGCAUGGACCAUUUGGGUGGCCGGAGUUUUGCACCGCGCUAAAAGAGGCAUUCAUGGAAUAUGCGGUCGAGUUGGAGGCCGCAGCACGCUCGCUCCAGAAGCCCUUGUCUGAGGAGGAGAUGAUGCACCUCUUUAUGAAAGGCCUCCCUCUCAACCUGCAAGAGGCACACAUGAUCGGCGGCAUGACCAAUUGGACGACUUACAAGGAGCUGAAGGAGCAGGUGAUCCAAACUGACACCGUCAUUCGCACAUAUAUCCAUGGUCCUGCAAAGGCGGACCAGCAGCCCCGUGCUGAGGGCUCCGGUGGUCGUGGGAACCGGCCCCAGAACGCCAAUGGCGAAGGCGGUUCGAACAAGCGACCUUUCCAGCAGCGUGAGCACCAGCCUGGACCAUAG